ACUCUAUCAUGUCAGACUUCAUGCAGUUUAAGCAGUUUAUGUAAUGUCAUCAAAGUUUUGUGUCAUUACUAGCGAGUUAACUAGCUAGUUUCAAAUGUAUUUCUUCUCAACUCCAGAGAUUUAGGAAGCUAGCGAGUUAGCAAGCUAACCUUAUAGCCUUGAUUUAAUUUCUUCAAAACUCAAGAAGCCAAAAAUUCAUGUAAUUGGAGAACUUUUUCCCACUCCAUCAUGUCAGACUUCAUGCAGUUUUAAAUUUUUAAGUUUUGUGUCAUUACGAGUGAGUAGGCUAGCUCGCCUCAAAUGUAUUUCUUCUCAACUCAAGAAGUUAAAAAUGUAGCACUUCCACGCUGAAUUGUAGAAAAUAAAACAUGAUACAGAAUGGUAAAUAUUAUGUGGUUUAUAAUGCAAGAAUGGUACAGAUGAACAUUUAAUGACAAUAUUACAGUAAGAUGUAUAAUACAAUAUUCUAGUCCUAUGUAUAAACCUGCAUAAUAGGGUAGAAAAUGAGGAUUCUAGUCGCUCAUUUCCAUGUCUUCCUGAUAUCGAUCAUCUCCAUUGACUUUGGACUUUUUAGGUGCGUGGUUCUCUGGUGUCUCCGCCUUCCCGGGGCCUUUCGGCAGCGACAAUGCUGAGUCCGAGUCGCUGCCCCUGCACUCGUCGCCGUCUUUUCCGCUGGCGUAGCCUUGCUCCUCUUCAUCGUAAUCACGCCUCACCUGUAAAAUUUGAAGCAUUGAAGCACACACGGUGCGUUGACGGCCCAUCCGUGUCGGCUAAACCGACCUUCAGGUCGCUUUUCUCGCCGUCACCAUCUCGUUCUUUUGCUUUGCUGGUCUUCUUGCCGCGGGACGAGCGUUCUCGCUCAUCUCGGAUUUGCUCCCUCCUGUCUCGAUCUCGCUCCUUGUCUUUCUUUUUCUCCUUCUUGUGCCUGCACACACAUAUUCGAAUUAAGGUGACGUACUUGUGCCAAAAGGGGAAUAAAAAGGGUGACAUCUCACCGUCUGGGUGACGGAGACCUGCUCAAGCGUCUCUUGGGAGACCUGGAUGUGCUCCGCCUCUGCCGACUGAAACCCAACCGUAAUGUCGUCGCUCAUUGAUUGACAUGCAUGAUUUAUGUAGAGUUUACCGAUUGAUGCUGCGAGACCUCCUUGCAGUGCUGUAGCUCUUGGGCGGGGUCCUGGACCUCUUCUUGGACUUGUCCUCCUUCUUCCUGUCCCGACAUAAACAACAUUCAUCACUGCAUCUCGUCACACAAGUCAUUGUGUUUGACCGCCGUGGCAACCUGGAUCUGCUGUCUGGUGAGUGGGACCUCCUCCUGCGUGGGCUCUUGGACCGCUUCCUGUUCCUUGAAUGGGACCUCCGCCGAGACCUGCUCUUGGAUCGCCUGGCAGGAAAGAGCAGCGCGUAUGAAGAUGGAGAUGUUUACCGAUGUCUGGAGCGAGAUUGUGACCGUCGGCGGUGUGAUCGUGAGCGGGAUGGUGAGCGUUUGCGUUUGUCAUCUUUCUUAUCUGCAAAGCCAUCGAGAGAGAAAGUGGAGCACAAAUGAGGGACUGCGCCUCUCGUACUCUUUUCAUGGCCUCUUCAAUUUCCUUGUUGGAGUCGCCGCUCUUCAAAGCGGGACUGAGACUCAGUCCAGCUGUUAAUGGAUUCAACCUGCAGGAACCAGAACCCUUAAAGCGACAUGUUUCACCUCUGAAGCGUAUGGAGACUUACUUCGGAUCCAUGGACUGCAUGAGCUUCAGGAAGUCAGCAGAAAGACCCUGAAAGAAAGACCCGUGUCAGGAUGCUGGCAAAGUCUGGCCUGAUAUUUGCUUGGUGUUUCACCUGGGGGUUCAUGUUCGCUCCUGGCAUUCCCAUAGCAGCUAUCUGCUCCAAGCUGGGAGCUCCCAGACCUCCGAACGCCGUUGCUCCCAUCUGAAACGCCCGACAUUGGACAUAAAAAAUGCUAAUGCUACACUACAUGAACCAGCGGCGUCAACUCACAGAAGCCAGAGGGUUGGGUGUUGGGAGAAGUCCCGCCCCCGGCAUCAUUCCCGCCACAGCAUUGGCCGGAGCCAGCAGCGACAUGGCUUUGGAUUCAUCCGGAAUGACUCCUGGAAGGACAAGGAGCUCACGUCAGUCCCGGGAACAAACAUUGUGAGUCAAGCUUUAUCCUGGUAUGCUAGUAGCUUUAGCAGCUAGGUGAGAAUAGUCACAAUUCACACUGUGUUCAACACUGCCAAGGUGUACUCAUCACACGUACUUCUUUUCUAAUAAGUCAUGAAUCAAACAUAAGCGAGCACAGCCGGUUGUCCCCAGGGAAUGUGCUCCCAACUUUCACUUUCACGUUUUACAAUUCAACAACCAUGGCCGACACAGACAAGAAUGUCACCUUUUCUUGCUGCUGCCCUGCUACAGCAUCAACGUCCCAAAUAACAGCCCAGUUCCUCCACUUUACACAAGCUAAGAGAGUACCAGGCACUUAUGGACUUGUAAGGACAAAUACUUUUUCCACUUUACACUGUUGGUCAUCUUUGCUCAUGUUCUUCUAGCUAACCUUGCUGAUACUCUUUUUGCCACAUUUGCUAUCAUUAUUCCAGCUUACUUUAGUGAUACUUUUGGCUAUGUUUGCUGAUGUUAUUGUAGAUACCUUUGCUGAUAUUCUUUAGGCUAUGUUUGCUGAUGUUAUUCUAGCUAACUUUGCUAAUAUUUUUGCCUAUGUUUGCUGAUAUUAUUCUAGAUAACUUUGCUACUAUGUUUGCUGAUAUUAUUCUAGCUACCUUUGCUAAUAUUUUUUGGCUAUGUUUGCUGAUAUUCUUUAGGCUAUGUUUGCUGAUGUUAUUCUAGCUACCUUUGCUGAUAUUCUUUAGGCUAUGUUUACUGAUAUUAUUCUAGCUACUUUUGCUAAUAUUUUCUGGGUGUUUGCUGAUAUUCUAGUUACCUUUGAUGAUAUUCUUUAGGCUAUGUUUGCUGAUAUUAUUCUAGCUGCCUUUGCUAAUAUAUUUGGCUAUGUUUGCUGAUAUUAUUCUAGCUACCUUUGCUGAUACGCUUCUGGCCAUGUUUGCUGAUGUUAUUCUAGCUACCUUUGCUAAUAUUUUUUGGGUAUGUUUGCUGAUAUUAUUCUAGCUACCUUUGCUGAGAUUCUUUAGGCUAUGUUUGCUGAUAUUAUUCCAGCUACCUUUGUUGAUACACUUGUGGCCAUGUUUGCUGAUGUUAUUCUAGCUACCUUUGCUAAUAUUUUUUGUCUACCUUUGCUGAUAGUCUUUAGGCUAUGUUCGCUGAUAUUAUUCUAGCUACCUUUGCUAAUAUUUUUUGGCUAUGUUUGCUGAUAUUAUUCUAGCUACCUUUGUUGAUAUUCUUGUGGCCAUGUUUGCUGAUGUUAUUCUAGCUACCUUUGCUGAUAUUCUUUAGGCUAUGUUUGCUGAUGUUAUUCUAGCUACCUUUGCUGAUAUUCUUUAGGCUAUGUUUGCUGAUGUUAUUCUAGCUACCUUUGCUAAUAUUUUUUGGCUAUGUUCGCUGAUAUUAUUCUAGCUACCUUUGCUGAUUUGCUAUUUCCAUUUGCUGAUACCAUUUUGGCUAUGCUUGCAAAUAUUCUUCUAGCCAGCUUACCUUUUUUGGCUAUGUUUACUGACAUUCUUUGAGCUACCCUUGCUGAUAUUUUACUGAGCUACCUUUGUUGAUACUCUUUUGGCUACGUUUGCUUACAUUCUUCUGUCUGACAACUUUACAGAACAUUGAUAGGAAAUCUCUGCAGGUGGCAUCAUAAUUUUUCGAGAUGGGACAUGGAAACCGGAUCGGGUCGUCCGUAUCCCAUCUUCAUGUGAGGAUUAAGACAAGAAGACACCGUGAAGAGAGUUAUAAAAUGUGUCUUGAUGAGCCCCAUUAUCUCUCGCUAUGUGAAGACGUGAGAUAGCCCAGCAUCCCCACCAUAGUGAUUGGUGUUUCUGUGGACCAUUUCAGAGAACAUGUUUUGCAUUGACAUUGAACAACAAAUAGCAGACAGAGAAGUUUACAGCUACAUUGUGAAGACACAAAUGUACAUGUUCCUUUUUACCUUCCUUAGAAAUACCUCAAGACUCAAAACAACACUCAAUUCCAUUUAGGUAAAAAAUGUAAAGGAAGCGAGACAAGACGACACCCACCUUCUGCAAAGGGCACCACGAUCAAGGCCCGGUCUACGAAGACGGUGUUGGUCAAGUGCUGAGCGACCCCCACAGACUCGGACUCGAGGAACUUUACAAAACAGACACGUGAGGUCACAGGCAAGGGGUGUGGAGUCCUGAAAAGAAGUCGCCAUCAUGUAUCUGCAGAGGUCAACAUGAAGAGGGCAUCAAACGGUGACAGUUUUGCCUCCAUGAGCACUCAGACAUGGACCUCCUCAGGCUAGCAUGCAGAAUCAUGGCCAGGGUCAGUACGUUCAGAUCCUACCAGUGUGUGCUGCUCCUGGCCUGCUCGUUGGCCGUGGUGGCGUUUUACUACUUCGGCUCAGAGAAUCAGAACUUCUCCAGCACCACCAAGAGGAUCAAGCAGACUCAGUCCAGCCACAACGCCAACAGAAACGAUGCAGACCUGACCAUGGACACGCGGUUAUCCCAGCUUCAUGGACCUGAGGAGGAAACGGGGGAGAAAGACGAAGAAACCCCUGCCCGACGCUACCACGUUCUCAUGAUGUUCACUAAAGUGGACAAAAGCCGCAGCCUCCAGGACAAGUUCAGGGUGGCCAUGUUGUCCAUGGUGAAGCACGCGCAUUUCUUGGAGGGGGAGAUCCUGGUGCUUCAUUUCGUCAGCGAUCAACCCAGUAAAGAGCUGGGAGAGAAGAUGCUGCAGGAAUUCCUCACACAUGCGGUCUUCAAGUAUGAGGUUGUGUUCCACGAUGUGGGGGCCCUCACACGCAGCCUCUUCCCCAUUGUGGAGGCCAUGCAGAAACACUUCAGCGCCGGCUCUGGAGCUUAUUACAGCGACAGCAUCUUCUUCCUGUCUGUCGCCAUGCACCGCAUCAUGCCUGAAAGUUUGACGCGCAUCGUGCAGCUCGACCUGGACCUGAAGUACAGAACCAACAUCAGGGACCUCUUCCAGGAAUUCCAUCGCUUCGCAGCGGGAGCCGUCAUCGGCAUCGCCAGAGAGAUGCAGCCAGUGUACAGACACACGUUCUGGCAGUAUCGCAAGGACAACCCCACGACCAGAGUGGGCGAACCGCCGCCCGAGGGUCAGCCUGGCUUCAACAGCGGCGUCAUGUUGCUGGACUUGGCUGCCAUGAGGAACUCUGCGCUCUACAAUCAACUGCUAGAACCCACAAACGUAGCCAAACUGGCUGAGCGGUACAGCUUCAGGGGCCACCUCGGGGACCAAGACUUCUUCACCAUGAUCGGCAUGGAGCAUCCGGACUUGUUUUACUCUUUGGCGUGCGGCUGGAACCGUCAACUGUGCACCUGGUGGAGGGAGCACGGAUACAGGGACGUCUUUCAGUUGUACUAUGGAUGCGACGGACCCGUUUAUAUCUACCACGGCAACUGUAACAGCGCCAUUCCUGAUGACUGAUAGGUACGAGACAUUCACGGUUCGGGAAUGGCAAUGACGAUGUUUUUCCACACAGUACACAGUCUGUCCUUGCCGGUCGAGGCGCUACGGAGACGCUUUUCCCCGCCGGCAGUACUGCUUUAUUGUUGCUACGGUACGUGUUCAUCAUUUUUGACAACUUUUUCUGCUUUGUUGUACCAUCAAAACGCCAAUGGGUGCACGGGUGUUUUUUAUUGUUCCAUGACAGAUUAAAAAAAAUUACCUUAA